CUUUUCUCCUUUGCUCAGCAAUUACCAUCAGCCAACCGUGCAAACCUGAAUAGUGUUUAUGUCAUCUAAAGCACAGAUUGAUAUAGAAAACAGUUUCAUUGACGGCAACCCAAAAAGUCAGCAGGGACAUUAUAGAUACACGGAGUUCAGUAUGAACCAGCAACGAGAGCUACUUUCGCAGAUGCAACAACAUCAGCAACAACAGUUACAACAGCAACAACAGCAGCAACAACAACUACAACAGCAACAGCAACAACAUGUUCAGCAUCUGCAGCUCCAAGGGCAACCACUUCCUCAACCUCGUCAACCAGGAGGCGUUAGAGCUAAUAGUGGAAACCAGAUUCCUUAUCCUUUGCAGACAACCAACAGUUCUCCAUCAUCUUCUUCCGUAUCUGGUUCCCAGCCCUCAUCGCCCAAUGGCUCCAUGACUUCAUUGCAGCCCCCAUCACCAGCCAAGGCAAAUACCAACACAUUUGUCCACAAGUUGCACAACAUGGUGGUCGACAAGCAGUAUCAGCACUUGAUCGCGUGGAAUUACACAGGGACAUCGUUUAUCGUCUGCAACAUUAUGGAAUUCUCCAGAGAUGUCUUACCCAAACACUUCAAGCACAAUAACUUUUCCAGUUUUGUGAGACAGCUCAAUAUGUACGGCUUUCACAAAGUCAACAAGUCACCUCGAGGGCAUCGCACACUCGCAGAAAAUCAAAUUUGGGAAUUUUCACACCAAAAGUUCUUGAGGGGAAGACAGGAUCUGCUGGAUGAUAUUAAGCGUAAGGCUAUGGAAUCAGAUUCAAUGAGGAGAGACGGAGGUGAUUUGCCUGCACAUAUGGCAAUGAUUCAGGCAUCGCAAGCAGAGUUGCUUCAGCAUGUGAAUCAGUUGCAGGAGAACUUUGGAGAAGUCGUACGGGAGUUAGCAGAAACUCGUCGCAAGCAGCAGGCUCAGCAGCAAUUACUAAAGAGUUUACUGGAUUAUAUCCAAAGAACUUCAGGAGGACAACCGCUACCACCAGAGCUCACAUUUGAGCACUAUGAAGUCAAACCAGAGCCAGAAAGGCCGCCUAUCUAUAUCACAGCCCCUGAAAAUUCGACUCAACAGAUGUAUCAAAACAUGAUGUUCAAUACCAUUGGUGGCAACAAUGACGGAUCAGCACAGGGUCCUCGUCGACCUCAGUCUCCGUUAACUAUCCAGACAUCUAUGGGCGGAGGUACACCUCAGUCGCCACAGAAUGCACCAUUAUCACCUCACCACUCACCUUUGUCCCCACAUCAGUCACCCAACUCGCCUUUGUCGCCUUCAUUUUCGAUGCAGAACCUAGGCCUGGGCAUGAACGGAGGUAGUACUAAUAGUAGUAAUAGUUCUGGGAUUCUUAGUGUCAAUGAUUCGAAUCAGGUCAACAAUGCUUCCAGGAACAACCCGAAUCAGCGGACACCGUCCAUUAACGCGCAGAUCCCAUCUUUUUACACCACAGCUACAGGGCUACUACCACAUGCGCCACAGUCUCCAAACACUCUGACAGCUUAUACAAGCGCAGUAAAUACUCCUCUGCCGCCCAGUCCCUCCCCAGGAUCACCCAUGGCGUCGAUGAUCUCGGAUAACGAUAUGGAGUCAAGUUCAUCUUUGUACUGUCCUAGUCCUGGGGGACCUAAUACUGGCCUUAACAAUCGAGGGAGCGAGUAUGCUGGCAGUGAAUACGCUGGAAGCGAGUAUGGUGGCGAUGAUGGAAGCCACUUCUUUAUGUCGGCAUAAGGGAACAAAACAAACAAACAAACAAACAAGAAAGAUAUCAAUAACAC